AUGGUCUGUGCAGCUCUCCCCGUGCUACUCCUGGCCAUGACUCUGCCCCCGGUGGAGUCUCCAGUUGCGCAAGUAUCCCAACCUGCACAGAGUCAGGCUGGAGGGGAAUCGGGGCAGCCAUUGGACCAAAGGAGUGGAGAAGGUGGUGACUGCCCCCCCUCUGCUCCUGUAGAAUCAGUCCUGGCCUCGGUCUAUGUACAGCUGGCCUUGUCAAACCAGACCUGGCCACUGGCAAUCUCCAGGACCCUGACUCGCCCCCUUGCCUCGGCUUCCUCUUUCCCAAGAACUCUCACUGGCCUCAGCCUCACAACAGAGUGUAACGUCCACGCGGAUGGGCAAAGCUAUUGUGCGUGCCUGUCUGGGUACCAGUGGAACACCAGUGUCUGCUCCCAUCACCGCCCGUGCCAGACCACCCACAACCACAGGCCCUGUGGCUGUCUGGUCCUUGGCUCUACCGAAGCCGGGUACUGCCAGUUGCUGCCACCUGCCCCCGGAAGGCUGAGCCCGAACUCCUGGGUGCGGACGCCGGGCACCACUCUGAACCUGACCCUCGUCAAGAGCCGUGAGACCACAAACCUUAACUGGUUCCUGCGGCCCGCGGGCAGCCCCACCCUCAUCCUCCUGCAGCCAGGGACACAUGUGUCCCUGGCCUCCAGCCCGGGCCAGGCUGUCCUCAGCAUCUUCAACGUCUCCCACAGAUGGGCAGGUGAGUACCUGUGCUGCUUUGAGGCUCAGGGAUUCAGGUGGGAGCUGUCCCAGCUGGUGGAGGUGCCACCGCAGGCAACAGAUGUGGCUCGGCUUCCAGACCAGCUCUCCAUUUCCUGUGCCACCUGCCCUGGCUUCCAGCUCACCUGCUGCAUCCCUCGCACACAUCUGGCCUACACAGCUUCCUGGAGUCCCGGAGAGGGCAGCAAAGCCUCCUCGGCCAGCGCGCCCGGCUCCCAGUGCUUUGUGCUGGCCGUCCAGCGCUGCCCUGCGGUGGACACCACUUACACUUGUGAGCUGCAGAGCCCAGGGCUGGCCCCUCUCAGGGUCCCCAUCUCUGUUACCAUCAUCCAGGAUGGAGACACCACCUGCCCAGGGGACUCCUCAGCUACUGCCUGGAAUGUCACCAAGGCUGGCCACGUGGCACAGGCCCCAUGCCCGGCAAACAGGACGGGUGUGGUGAAGCGGACCUGUGGGCCGGAUGGGAUUUGGGAGCCCGUUUAUAGCAGCUGCACAGACGCAGAGCUCCUGGCCUUGCAUCGCAGAGCCCGGCUGCUAUGGGCAGGCCAGGGCCAGCCUACUGUGGAGGUGCCCCAGAUCCUGGCACGGCUGUCGGAGCAGGUGACGGCAGUGAGCUCUCCCUCUGACUUGUUGGCACUGCUGGGCACCAUAUCAUUCCUGGCCCAGGUGGUGGUGGAUGCUAGAAUACAGCUUACCCGCAGGGCCCUGCAGGGUCUGCUGAAAACCACAGACAAGGUCCUCGACCUGGACACCGACUCUCUGUGGGCCCCAGCCCAGGCCCAGAAGCCCUCGGUGGGCUCAGCUCUCCUGCUGGCUGUGGAGACCCUGGCGUGCCACCUGUGCCCACAGGGUCAGCCCUUCUCCUUCAGCUUGCAGAACGUGCAGCUGCAGACCCAGCUCCUUGGACCUGCGUUUCCUGCUGACUACAGAGCCUCCUUCUCCACUCAGCCCCCCUUGCAGGCAUGCAUUCCCAGGCGCUCACUGGCCCCGCUGCGCCAUAAUGGAACUAACAUCAGUGUUACUAGCCUGCUGCUGCAGAAACUGGACCGUCUUCUGCCCUCAAACUAUGGCCAAGGCCUGGGGGACUCUCUCUAUGCCACUCCUGGGCUGGUCCUCUCCAUUUCCAUCAUGGCAGGUGGCCAGGCCUUCAACCAGGGAGAAGUCAUCAUGGACUUCGGGAACACAGCUAGCACUCACACUCCCCACUGUGUCUUCUGGGACCACGGUCUCUUCCAGGGCAAGGGGGGCUGGUCAGAUGAAGGGUGCCAGGUGCAGACGGCCCACGCCAGCCCCACCACUCAGUGCAUCUGCCGGCACCUCACUGCCUUCUCCAUCCUCAUGUCCCAAAAUACUGUUCCAGAAAACCCCACCCUGGAGCUGCUGAGUCAGGUGGGCUUGGGGGCCUCCAUCCUGGCACUGCUCGUGUGCCUGGGCGUGUACAGGCUGGUGUGGAGAGUCGUGGUACAGAACAAAGUUGCCUACUUACGCCACAUGGCUCUGCUCAACAUGGUGCUCUGCCUUUUGGCGGCAGACACCUGCUUCCUGGGAGCCCCACUGCUUCCUCCCGGGCCCCGAAGCCCGCUCUGCCUGGCUGCUGCCUUCCUCUGUCACUUCCUCUACCUGGCCACCUUCUUCUGGAUGCUGGCUCAGGCCCUGAUGCUGGCCCACCAGCUGCUCUUCGUCUUCCAUCAGCUGUCCAAGUGCCGAGUACUCUCCCUGAUGGUGGUCCUCGGCUAUAUGUGCCCAAUAGGGUUUGCAGGGGCCGCCCUGGGCCUCUACCUACCCCGAGGGCAAUACCUGGGGGAGGGGGCAUGCUGGCUGAAUGGGAAAGGAGGGGCGCUCUACACCUUCGUGGGGCCAGUGCUGGCCAUCGUGGGUGUGAAUGGGCUGGUACUAACCAUGGCUGUGCUGAAGCUCCUGAGACCUUCGCUGUCAGAGGGGCCCCCGGUGGAGCAGCGUCAUGCCCUUCUGGGGGUGACCAAAGCCCUGCUCAUUCUCACCCCCAUCUUCGGCCUCACCUGGGGACUAGGCCUAGCCACUCUGCUGGAGAAAGUCUCCAUAGUUCCUCACUACAUCUUCACGAUUCUCAACACCACCCAGGGUGUCUUCAUCUUGCUGUUUGGUUGCCUCAUGGACAAGAAGAUACGAGAGGCCUUACUCCAGCGCUUCUGCCGCACCCCACCUCCCAAGUCAACCAUCUCCCUGGCUACAUAUGAAACCUACAUCCCAGAAGACAGCAAAGGAAGAAGUGAAGAUGCCAGGUCACUUAUCCCCAUCCCUAAACUAUGCAAGCAAAAAUAG